AUGAUUCAAAAUAGUGUAUCUUGGCACGACAUUGAUUUUGAUCAAUUUUAUGUUCGUAUCUACAAACAAUGUAAACCAAAAGAAAAAUUCGAUCUUCUUGAACAUGUGAUAGAAGUAAAAUUAAAAGAUUAUUUUAUUUGCAAAUGUAAAAAGAAUCAUGAAUUUUAUGAACAUCUUUGGCAAUAUGAUCCUCGUGAUUAUAAAAAUAAUUAUUGUCCUUUCAGAAUGUUAAGUAAUUAUUUUAAGCUUCUUCAGAGUGUUGAUAAAAAAUUAGAUUAUUCAGAAAAGUUGGUUCGUGUUAAUUCUAAAGAAUCAUUGAUUUUCGAUUAUACAGGUACACAAAUUUACAAGAAUGAGGUAAAACUAUUAGAUGAUUUCAAAAAAUAUAUUAAUAGAAAAGUUGUUACAAACACAAGACAACAUUUAUCAGAUACAUCAAAUAAUUGUUUAGGAGAAAUUCCAUCUUUUUAUGAUAUUUUUAUUAAAAAGUUAAAUGAACUUGAUUCUGUGAAAACAUUUACUGAUUACAAAUAUCCUCUCAAUAAAGGAGUAUGUUGGAAUUGUAAAAGAAUAGGCUUUUCUCAUACCUGUUGUGUAGCUUGUAAACAGGAAUUUGAACAAUGUGAUUGUAAGUUCAUUUGUGGACUUACAUAUCCAACACAAUAUGAUAAAUGUGGACGUCAAUGUCAAUUUGCAAAAUGUAGGUAUUUUACAAAUAAUUUGAACAAAGUUAUUCAUCAUUGUAAAGGCAAGACAAAGAAUUUUUUACAACCUGUUGCUCUUACUAAUCCUUUUAAACCACCAUUAGAAAUUCUUUUAGAAGAAGAUGAAGAUGACUAA